GCGCGGACGCGGGCGGCGGCCGCCGGGCGCGCUUGUGCGGAAAGGGCAGUGUGGGGGCUCCUCUCGCCGCUGGUCUCCGCAGCCCGGCCUCCUCCGGGUCUGCGUGUGCCAGGAACGGCGGAGCGCGACCCCCGAGCCGCUCCUAGAUGCUGGAAGUGGGAGGGGGGAGCGGAAGGAGGUGCGCCCCGCUCCCGCGCGCCGUGGGCCGCUCCAUCUCGCGGCCCGCCUGUGACCUUUCCGACCCCACGCCCUGGCGGAUGCAACCCCCUCGCCGCCAGAACCCCUCCCCUCCGCCCGGCUUGCGGCAGCCCCACAGACCCCUCCUCCCCGCCUCGUCCAUUCUGGGACGCCAGGCUUUCUCUGGAUGAAGCCCGCGCUUCCUUGGGAUGAGGCCCGUUUUCGGAGUUAACAGUUUAAGAAAGGAUGCCCGUUGUAUGGCCCUUCUGAGCAUCAGGACAACGCUGUGGAAUGCGCAAAGGGGCUGGGGUCAGUCUCGACCCCAGUGGGUGGGCUGCUGGUUUCAGUGGAGGAAGCAGCUAGACGUUCCUAUUGUGGCAGAGAAAGAGGUUAUGGGCCUUUGAAGUCCGGUGGUAGUGAGGGGCAAGCGGGAAUUGGGGCCACCGCACCCCAGACAGGGCUACUCGGCCUCUACCCUAUGCUGAACAUAGCCCAGUGACUCAGCAGGGUCUUCCAGGUUCCCGAGCUUGGGAGAAAGCAUGUUGGGUACCUGAGCAGGCCUGACUGGCACCAACCCUUCCACAUACCCUGCUCCCCUCUGAUGCUGGCCUCUCCCACGGAAGAGAAGGCAAAGGAAAGGUUCCACGUCCCAGAGGGGCGCCUGACUGCAGAUCACUGUUUGAAGCCAAGCGGAAAUAAAACCAGUUCGCCCAAAGACAGUGUGGUCUGGAAGAACAGAGCGGGAGAAGGCGAAGGGACGAGAAUCUGGACCCUUAUCUGUGUAUUUUCAGUUGGUGGGCCUGGCCCCUUCCCAUUUCCCAUAAACUGCAAAUAAUGGCUCCUGACUAGUGGGGUUACUGGCAACCACCAUUUGCCAAACGUCUGGAUUCUGACUUUAGUAGGAGAUGCACCAAAGUGAAGGAGUGGAGCUUUUUGUGAACAGUGAGUGUUCCCCCAAAUGACAGACACAGCAGGUCUGCCGCCUUCGGACUUGACCAGACUCCCCGUGAGCAGGAUUCAUGCACACCAGGAACCUCAGGAGCACCAGCUAGGCACCAUGGUUUGGAGGGGAGAUGCCCCCCAGGGAGGGACCAAGGAUCACCCCAAAGAACCCUCCCAUGGCCGCUGUGAGACCCAGAGGGAACAUCCCUACCCCAAAUGGCCACUGAGGACAGUGCAGACAUCUCUGACUAUAGCCAGAGAUGAAGAAACAGAAGCUGAGGAAGAGUUUGUCCUAGAACACAGCCCAGGAAACAGGACACCAUUUUUCCAUGGCUCAGGACACACCCCUGAGUCAAGACAACAGGAAAACGUUGUGAAGGGGUGCCGACCACUCCCUCGGAGUCAGACAGAGAAAGCUGACCACAUGGAUCUGGCCACUCUGAUGAUUGACUUCAAUGGUGAGGAGAAGGCAUGGGCCAUGGCAGUGUGGAUUUUUGCUGCAAUCAACAGGAGAGACCUUUAUGAGAAAGCUAAGAGGGAUGCACCAGAGUGCGAUAAUGUACAUGUGGUAUGCCGGGAAGAAAGCCUUGAAGAAGAGUGGAUGGGUUUAUUGGGGUACCUAACCAGAAUCUCUAUUUGUAAAAAAAGGAAAGAUUACUGUAAGAAGUACAAAAAACACGUGAGGAGCAGAUUCCAGUGUAUUAAAGACAGGAAUGCCCGUCUAGGUGAGAGUGUGAACCUCAACAAACGCUACACCAGGCUGCGUCUUGUCAAAGAACACCAGAGCCAGCAGGAGAGGGAGCAUGAGCUCCUGGCCAUUGGCAGGACUUCAGCCAGGACACUGGACAGCCCUGUGAGUUCCCUGAAUAUGGAAUUGCUGUUUGAGCCUGAUGACCAACACUCAGAGCCUGUUCAUACGGUGGUAUUCCAGGGAGCGGCAGGCAUUGGGAAAACAAUACUUGCCAGGAAGAUAAUGUUGGAUUGGGCAUCAGAAAAGAUUUACCAGGACAGGUUUGACUAUUUGUUUUAUAUCCACUGUCGGGAGGUAAGCCUCGGGACACGGAGGAGCCUGGGGGACUUGAUCGUCAGCUGCUGCCCUGACCCAAACCCUCCCAUAUAUAAGAUUGUGAGCAAGCCUUCCAGGAUUCUCUUCCUCAUGGAUGGCUUCGAUGAGCUUCAGGGUGCCUUUGAUGAGCACACAGAGACUCUAUGCACAAACUGGCAGAAGGUGGAGCGGGGAGACAUUCUCCUGAGCAGCCUCAUCAGAAAGAGGCUUCUUCCUGAGGCCUCUUUACUCAUCACCACAAGACCUGUGGCUCUGGAGAAACUGCAGCAUUUGUUGGACCGUCCCCGUCAUGUGGAGAUCCUGGGUUUCUCAGAGGCCAAAAGAAAGGAAUAUUUCUUUAAGUAUUUUUCAGAUGAGCAACAAGCCACAGAGGCCUUCAGGCUGAUUCAGGAGAAUGAGAUCCUCUUCACCAUGUGCUUUAUCCCCUUGGUCUGCUGGAUUGUAUGCACUGGGUUAAAGCAGCAGAUGGAUAGUGGCAAGAGUCUUGCCCAGACAUCCAAGACCACCACUGCUGUGUAUGUCUUCUUCCUCUCCAGUUUGUUGCAGUCUCGUGGAGAGAACCAGAAGCACCAAGUCUCUGCCAACAUCUGGGGUCUCUGCUCACUGGCUGCAGAUGGAAUCUGGAAUCAGAAAAUCCUGUUUGAAGAGUGUGACCUUAGGAACCAUGGCCUUCAGAGGGCCGAUGUGUCUGCUUUCUUGAGGAUGAACCUAUCAAAAGAAGUGGACUGUGAGAAAUUCUACAGCUUCAUUCACAUGACUUUCCAGGAGUUCUUUGCUGCCAUGUAUUACCUGCUGGAAGAGGAGGAACAGGGAAGGUUGAGGAACCUGCCAUGGAGAAGUUCCAAGCUUCCCAACCGAGACGUGACUGUCCUUCUUGAAAACUACGGCAAAUUUGAAAAGGGAUAUCUGAUCUUUGUUGUCCGUUUCCUCUUUGGCCUUGUAAACCAGGAGAGAACCUCUUACUUGGAGAAAAAACAGUGCAAGAUCUCGCAGCACAUCAGGCUGGAACUGCUAAAAUGGAUUAAAGAGAAAGCCAAGGCCAAGAAUCUUCUGAUCCAGCCCAGCCAGCUGGAAUUGUUCUACUGUUUGUAUGAGAUGCAAGAGGGAUUUGUGCAAAAAGCCAUGGGCCAUUUCCCCAAAAUUGAGAUCAGUCUCUCCACCAGAAUGGACCAUGUGGUUUCUUCCUUUUGUAUUGAGAACUGCCACAACGUGGAAUCACUUUCCCUGAGGCUGCUUCAUAACUCCUCGAAGGAGGAGGAGGAGGAAGAGGAGGAAGAAGGGGAAAUGCAGCACUCUGAGGUGGAUCACUGUGUCCGCCUAGAUCCUCAUGCUGCCUGUACUCACCGGUUGGGGCGGUGUUGCCUUUCCCAUCACUGCUGCUUCAACAUCUCCUCGGUCCUGAGCAGCAACCAGAAGCUGAUGGAAUUGGAUCUGAGCCACAACGCCCUGGGAGACUUUGGAAUUAGACUUCUUUGUGUGGGGCUGAGGCAUCUAUUCUGCAAUCUGAAGAAGCUUUGGUUGGUCAGUUGCUGUCUCACAUCAGCAUGUUGUGAGGACCUUGCAUCCGUCCUGAGCACCAACCAGUCUCUGACCAGACUCUACUUGGGGGAAAAUGCCCUGGGAGAUGCAGGAGUUGGAAUUCUAUGUGAAAAAGCAAAGCAUCCACAAUGUAAGCUGCAGAAACUGGGGUUGAUGAAUUCUGGCCUUACAUCAGGUUGUUGUCCAGCUUUGUCAUCAGUGCUCAGCACUAACCAGAAGCUCACACACCUUUACCUACGGGGCAAUGCUCUUGGAGACACGGGAGUUAAGCUACUCUGUGAGGGCCUCUUGCACUCCAACUGUAAGCUUCAGAUAUUGGAAUUAGAUGGCUGUAGCCUCACCUCACACUGUUGCUGGGAUCUUUCCACACUUCUGACCUCCAAUAAGAGCCUGCGGGAGCUGAGCCUGGGCAGUAAUGCUGGUGAUCUAGGGGUCAUGCUGCUCUGUGAAGUGUUAAAACAGCAGGGCUGCCUCCUAAAAAGCCUGAAGUUAUGUGAAAUGUAUUUCAAUUAUGAUACAAAACGUGCAUUAGAAACACUUCAAGAAGAAAAGCCCGAGUUGACCAUUGUCUUUGAGCCCUUUUGGUAGUGAUAGAUGCCGGCUGCCAGAUGCCAGCAUUUUGGCUCCCUAUCAUCCAGGUGUGUUGAAGUGAGAAUGAGCACUCCUCCAACCAAGGUGAAGACCAUCACUCCACGAUUCCUCUGGUCCAGGGUGGGACAGCAAAAUCUUGCUGAUGGUGUGUUUUACAAGAGAAGCAUCUCCUUUCCCCUGGCUUGAAGACACCAGGACAAUGAAAUCAUCCAAAUGAGGUGGUUCUCAUUAUAGAACCUUACUCAGAGGAUAUGUUCCUGUUGGUGACCUCAUAUAACUAACUCAUGUAAUAAAGCACUUUUCUGUUUUUCUCUUCUUACUCUCUCUAAAGCACCUUUCCCUCAUACCCUUUUACCCAUCUUUGUUCUGUUUACCUUCACCCAUAUCACCAUUAUCACCCACUCCUAUCUUUCUGACUAUAACAGAACUAGUAAACUAUAUGCUAUGUUGCAGUUUUGUAGCAGCAACUUAUUUAUUUUUAAUUUUUGUAACAGUUAUAUUUUCUAAUAAAAUAAUUCAUGUUUAUUGUGGCUGGUUGAAAA